AUGAUCAUUGUGUCUGACAUCGUUACCCUCAGAGACCGGGGCAAAUACCAAGGAAUCCUGGGUGCGGCCCUAGGGAUGGGCAACGUUAUCGGUCCGUUCAUCGCUGCGGCAUUCGUCAUGGACUCGACAUGGCGAGGUUUCUUCUGGCUCAUUUCUCCGCUCUCUGCAUGCUCCAUUGUCGUGGGCUAUUUCCUUAUUCCAAAUAAUGCGCGGAAGGACAGCUUCCGGAAAAAUGCCCGCAAGAUUGACUUUUAUGGUAUCUUGUCUUCGUCCAUUGGAAUCAUCUUCUUGUUGAUCCCUAUAUCGGGAGGCGGCUCUUACUUUAACUGGGAUUCGGCGAUGGUGAUUAGCAUGAUCACCAUCGCGGGCUGCGCUUUGAUUGCAUUUCUCAUAAUCGAAUGGAAAGUGGCGGUAUUGCCUAUGCUUCCAAUGGUAUUCUUCAAGAACAGGGUGAUCUGCACUCUGUUUUUACAGAGCUUCCUUUUUGGAGCUGUGUACCAGUCGUCUCUCUACUACUUGCCCCUGUACUACCAGAACGCCCGGGAUUGGUCCCCGAUUGUUUCUGCUGCACUAACGGCCCCAAUGGUCGCCUGUCAGUCGGUGGCUUCCGUCUUAUCUGGCCAGUAUAUUUCCCGGCGCAAACGUUACGGGGAGGUGAUCUGGGCUGGCUUUUUCUUCUGGACGCUUGGAGCCGGUCUGAUGCUUCUAUUUGACCGUCACACCAGCCCAGGAGCUAUUGCUGUUAUUGUCGGUAUCGCUGGGAUAGGCGUUGGAGGCGUCUUCCAACCGACCAUGGUCGCUUUUCAGGCGCAUUGUACGAAGGCCCAGCGAGCUGUUGUCAUCUCGGACCGGAACUUCUUCCGCUGCCUAGGUGGUGCAUGUGGUUUGGCUGUUUCGGCUGCGAUCUUGCAGGCAACGCUGCGAUCCAACCUCCCUGUGGGAUACAGGGAUAUUGCUGAAUCGUCCUAUUCGCUCCCGUCGAGGGCCGGGAUCCCCGAUGCCGACUGGGAGCAGAUCCUUGACGCAUAUGCUAAGGCUUCCCACUCGGUGUUCAUCUUCCAAGUCCCGCUGAUGGGGGCAUGUCUUCUUGCCUGUGUUUUUAUCCGUGACCGGGGGCUGGAGAGGCCUAAGGAUCAGUUUGAGAUAGAAGAAGAGAAGAGGCAAGAGGAAGAGAAGCGGCGGCAAGAACAGGCCCAAGCACAGGCCGAGAAGCAGAUUGCAGCUGGUAAUAUUGAAGCCGAACCGGAGCAGGUUGCUGAAUCCCAUGCCGGUGGUGAGAUGGAGAGUGCAUCUCGCUCCGAAAAGAAAACGGAACCAGAGCCUGUGACAAUGACUACCCUGUGUGCUCCAACUGCCAAAAGGCCGGAGCGAUAUGUGACAAAGCCACCAUACACCCGUGCGUUGCAGGAUCGCAUCGCCUACCUUGAGUCCCAGUUAGAAUCGAAACCCAUGAGUAGCCGGGCCAGCAGCCAUGUCGCCCAUCCAGUUGCUGCAUUGCUGUCCCCUCCCCAUCCGGAGACUCCCACUAACUCAAACCCUCGCCUGGAUCAAAAUGCCGUCGGGGAAUUAGUGGGAUUUCUUGCACUCAACUCCUCGGAGGCGCCUGCAUACGUAGGUUCCAGUUCGGGCCUCUCCUUGGCUACGAAUCUUGGGGAAAUGGUCCAAGCCACGGUGUGGAACCAGGCUCUGUCUUCAGCUCGAGCAGCGUCGUCAGGUAGAUCCGGACCUGCAGCGGGACAAGGAUCCACGGGUCUGCCUCCCCAGCCUCCAGGCGAGAGGGCCGGUCAUGUCAAUGAUCGAACUCGACCACCACCACGAGUGGAGGAGGUGUUGGUUAAGAGCAGCGAGCCUCCUGACGAUGAAAUGGGAUCCAGGAUUCUUCAUGCCUAUCUAACACGGAUCCAUGUUCGCUAUCCGUUUCUCGACCGCACGGAGUUGUGGCGACUGCAUGAAGCGCGCUGGCGACUGGCGCAGAAGAAGCGGGAGGAGCUGACCAAGGAGGAACGGGUAGGCAUAUUCAAGCUGUAUCUUGUAUAUGCCAUCGGGGCUACAUCGAUUCAGUUAAGUGAAAACUACUCAUAUACCACGCCUGAGCGAUUCUACCUGACCGCUCUGCAACAACUACCAAAUAUGUGCGAAAUGCGAUCUAUAGAGAAUAUUGAGGCUAUGACCUUGCUGAUUGUGUAUCACCUUCGCUCUGCGUCUGGUCAGGGCAUGUGGUACAUGGUAGGCCUCGCUAUGCGUACCGCUAUAGACCUUGGACUGCAUCGCAAAGCAAACGAGAUCAACAUGGAUCCCUUCACUGCGCAAAUGCGGCGGCGUCUUUUCUGGACCGUUUAUUACCUAGAGCGUGUCGUGUCAAUGUCCCUGGGCCGGCCAUUUAGCAUCGCAGACAGACACAUCGACCUUCCUUUGCCUGCAGACAUCGACGACGAUGUCCGCGAUCCUGCCUUGCUAGCCGCCCCUCCAGCUCCGACUAGAAUCACCACACUGACCUUUGCCAUAUUCCUCAUGCGCCUGCGGCGCAUCGACUCCGAAAUUCAGCAUAAGAUCUACCGAGCCGAUCGACCACUGCACACUUUACGCUCGAAGAUGGACCGACUCUUUCUCCAACUCGAAGAAUGGAAAGAAUCAGCUCUGCGACGUUUCACCGGAUCCGACCUGGACUAUCCAAUGCUGCACUACCACCGAGCCCUACGACUCCUCAUCCAGCCAUUCUUACCCUCACUCCCCCUCUCCGACCCAUACUAUCACAUCUGUCUCCGCGCAGCCGGAAACACCUGCCAAACCCACAAGAAGCUACACCAAACCCUUGAAUACGGCCACUCCUUCCUGGCUGUGCAGACGAUCUUCAUGGCUGGGAUCACCCUGCUCUACGCCCUAUGGACCCACACAAGCGACGUCUGGUCCGUCCAAAUGAGCAACGACAUCCGCGCCUGCUCGACCGUCCUAUUUGUGAUGGGUGAGCGCGCCGAAUGGGUCAAGAAAUACCGCGACGCAUUCGAGCUGCUCGUCAACGCCGCCAUGGAGAAACUAGAGGGAAGCGAUGCAUCCAAAAAGGUGGGUAUGGCGGAACUAAUGACAGCCCAACACAGUAGCAGUGGUGGUAUCAGCGCAGGAAUGUUCAGGGAUCACCAUAAUCUCACCACCACAUGCAGCAACAGCAACAACUCCACUGGCGGCAUGGCACCAGAUAUGAAUGACACAGCGGCUGCCAACACGGCCGCUCAGACUGCUUCUGAACCCACUAGCAGUCAGGACCAUGGCGUGCGCAUGGCAUUGCAGAUCGCGCCCUGGAUCGACCUGGAAGAAGAUAGCCCGUUCUGGAUGCCUGAUUUCGAGACGCUGGAGAGUUUGUCGGGGAAUUUAUGGGAUAGUGGCGAUUUGGCUCCGUUUGGGCCUCUUUAG